AUGGAGGAAACAAACUCUUUCUACUUCAUAUCAUGGUUCUGGAUCAUAACAUUCCUCCUCAUGAUACAAUCGAAAUUACCACAUCUUUCUGAUGCAGACAACGGCACCAGCCCCGGAAACAACACCGACACGGGUUCGACAGCGCCUAAGGUUAAGUUAUCAAUUGAAGAUAAAAAGGUUGUGAUUGACAACGGAAUUCUUCAGCUUACUCUUUCGAAGCCUACUGGGAUUGUGAUUGGUCUUCGAUAUAAUGGAAUAGAUAAUUUGAUUGAGACUAACAAGAGCAUGUUACAUGGAGGGUUUUGGGACCUUAAUUGGAGUGAACCUAAUGAUAAAAGCAUUAGAGGACAAUUUGAUAAGCUUAUAGGAACAAGUUUUGAGGUUAUAGUGGAAACAGAAGAACAGGUGGAAUUAUCAUUUGUGAGAACAUGGGAUAUCUCACAAAAAGGAAAGAUUUCGCCGCUAAAUGUAGACAAGAGGUUUGUGGUGCUUCGCGGCCAGUCUGGUUUCUAUUCGUAUGGUAUAUUUGAACAUACAAAGGAAAUGCCGGCUUUCCACAUCUUCACAACUAGGAUUGCCUUUCUUCUUAAUGUUAACAAGUUUCACUAUAUGGCAAUGGCGGAUAAUAGGCAAAGAUUUAUGCCGAGUCCUUAUGAUCGGUUAUCAGGAAGAGGCGAGCCACUUGACUAUAAAGAAGCGGUUCGACUUGUUGAUCCAAUUGAAAAAGAAUUCCAAGGAGAAGUUGAUGACAAGUAUCAAUAUUCAUGUGACGAUAAAGAUAACCGAGUCCAUGGAUGGAUUUCGAUGGACCCUCUCGUCGGAUUCUGGUUAAUCACGCCUAGUAAUGAGUUUAGAACUGGUGGACCGUUCAAGCAGGAUCUUACGUCACACGUAGGCCCAACAACUCUUGCGAUAUUUGUGACUCCACAUUAUGGUGGAACAGAUCUUGUUGUGAAACUUAAAGAAGGAGAGGAAUGGAAGAAAGUAUAUGGCCCUGUUUUUAUCUACCUUAAUUCUGCUACACAAGGAGAUGAAGCAUCCUCGUUAUGGGACGACGCAAAGAAACAGAUGAACUCCGAAAUCCAAAGUUGGCCAUACACAUUUCCAGCGUCCAAAGAUUUUCCACAAUCCAAUCAAAGGGGCUUAGUCAAGGGUAGAUUAUUAGUUAAAGAUGCGUACAUGAGCAACACAAACAUUAUCGCAAACAACGCCUAUGUGGGGUUGACCGUACCUGGGGUUGCUGGUUCGUGGCAAAGAGAAAACAAAGGAUACCAAUUUUGGAACACAACAAAUGAAGAUGGUUUUUUCAUCAUUGAGAAUGUACGAGAAGGAAACUAUAAUCUUUAUGCAUCAAUUUCCGGUUUCAUUGGUGACUAUAGAUAUGAUACCGCCAUAAACAUAACCGCAGGCUCCGUUAUAGAGGUUGACGAACUUAUCUAUCAACCUCCAAGAAACGGGCUCACGUUAUGGGAGAUUGGCAUUCCUGAUCGUUCUGCUGCGGAAUUCUACAUUCCCGACCCUAAUCCUUUAUACGUGAACAAGCUUUACUUAAAUCAUACCGACAAGUUCAGACAAUAUGGAUUGUGGGAAAGAUAUACAGAACUGUAUCCGGAUAAUGAUUUGGUUUACACGAUUGGUGUGAACGAUUACAAGAAGGAUUGGUUCUUUGCCCAAGUAACAAGGAAAAAUGAGGAUAAAUCAUAUAAUGGAACGACGUGGCAAAUCCGAUUUAAACUUGAACGUGUACAAGAAACGGGUAAUUAUACAUUACGGUUGGCUCUAGCAUCUGCACACGGGGCCAAGCUAGAAGUUCGUAUUAAUGAUGGAGACGAAGAGUCAAUGCCAUUGUUUUCGAGUGGAACGAUUGGAAGAGACAAUGCUAUUGCAAGACAUGGGAUCCAUGGUUUAUAUUGGUUGUUUAAUGUGAACAUUUCAGCUUCUAUGUUGAUGAAUGGAGAAAACAUAGUUUAUUUGAAACAAGCUGGAAAUGAUAGUCCAUUUAAGGGGAUAAUGUAUGAUUAUAUUCGAUUAGAAGGUCCUCCUCUUUAAGUUUCCUAAAUUG